AUGCAGCAAUAUCACAACAUCAACCACUCACAUCCUCGCGCCGGGGGGACUGCUAGUAGUGUCCAGAUGUCACUGAGACCGGGAAAUCACAGGGCAGGAAAGCCACGAUCUUCCAAUUUCAGUGUGAGGGACAGACAGAGGUUCGCGCACCAGGACAAUGGACAAUGGACAAUGGGGCACCCAGGGGACGUGAAUACUACGGACAGUGAUCCCUCAUCACCCGCCGCCGGCGUCUACAAAGCCAUCGUGAGUGGCAACACCGAGGGAGGAGUCAUGGUGUUGAUCUAUUUUCCCCAAAUACCCCGAGUCGUCCCACAUCACGCCCAAUUCCAAUCCUGCUUUCCUACACCGUCUCUCUUAACUUUUCAUCUCCACGCCGUCCUUGCCGCCGCCGUUGGGCACGUUCACACGUUCAGCCAUAUAUCACAUCACCAGAUGGGAGAUGCAGAACCACCCGUCGCGCGUCCAAGGAAAAGGGAACGGGAAACAACUUCCACGAACGACAGCAGCAAAAGUACGAAGUGA